GAGCUAGAGAUCAAGAACCUCUCUAUUUGAUCAUCUGAUCAGAGAUCGAAGGAAGUCCGUGAUCUGGAAGGUUCCCCCUCUACAUCAGAGGUCUGGGGUCCCCGCGUCCUCGAUCAUCCUCAUCGCUCUCGGCCGGCGGCGACGGCGAGGAGGAUGAUGGAAUUGGAUGAUCAAGCAACCAGCCUCCAAGUCGCUCUGGUCCUUGACAUCGCCCAUCUUGCCAUCUCAUUAUCAUCUACUCCCUACAGCUUCCAGCAUAUUCCAUCCGGCCAACCGCAAGGCUAUCUCCCGUCAUCGACCACGGCACGAUCGCGAGUCGACGCCGGCUGGACGCCGUACCGACCGUUCCCAAGCUGUCACCGCCGUGAUUCGCAGUACGUUUGAGAAGGUUCAUCGGAAUUAUCGUUAGCACUCACCGGGUAUCUGCAGCGUUCUUCGAGGACGACUGCAAAGUCCUAUCAUGGAUGGUAGUAACGAACCGCUAUUGGGUCGAUCGGGCGAGCAAGAACAGAAUGGAGACGCUCGGCACCCUUCCGAGCAAGGUCAAGGAAGAUCGAUCGACCUUCCGCCAUUACAACCUACAACUGGUUUCUCCCGGAACUCAUCCGUUCCACCUCGAGAUAGUUCCCGAAUGAAGAACACGGCACCGAAUUCGGAAGAAGAUCAGGAUAGAGCUGUUGGCGAGAGAGCCGCCAAUCCUUAUUCUUCGAACACGGCGGCGGGCGGGAGUGGGAACGCUACGAUGGGACUACCUAUACUUUCUGGACCGCCUCCUUUCGUUGAGUCAGAUGAAUGCCGAACAUGCGGCAAACAAUUCAUCCCGCUCUUUCGUAAACCACACCCAUGUUCCCACUGCGGUUACUCUUACUGCUCGGACCACUGUUCGGACCACUCGGCCUUGAUGCCACGUCGAGGGAUCGCGGCGAGACAGGCUCCGGGGUCCAACUCGGUCGGAGUGGGACCGCGGGGUGGAGGGUAUGAAAUGGUAGAGGUCUGCGGGUUUUGUUUCCCGAUGUUACAAGUCGCCUCUGCGAACGCGGCCUACCUUCGGUCACUACCCCUCAAGAGGCUUCAAGGGUUUAUCAAGGCUUACAACCUUAACCCCGCUGCCGUGUCGGCCAUCGAGAAGGAAGAUUUCGUACAGUUGAUCCUGAAGGCAAAGGAUCCGAGGUCGGGAUGUAUGCCAGUGGCAGCCGAGAGCUUCUUCCGGAGACGGUCGGUCCCCAAGCAAGGCAUUUUGCCACCCCCGCCAUCGACAAAUAAUGCUCGACCGAAUCCGUCCGUCCGUGCCACACCGAGACCUUCAGCAGGGACAGGAACGAGACCUGCAGCAUCGAGUUCCGGUCAGGCUCCCCGACCACCGCAACAGCAGACUUAUCGACCGCCUCCCCAGCAUCCUCCUACGAAUGGCUACCAACCUAGGCCUACAUAUGCUGCUCCACGCCCCCCUCAACCUGCGCCGCGUCCCGCCGCGACACAACCCAAACCCGUACCCGCACCCAAACGCAUGCCUUCCCCACCGGUACCAACGCUGUCAUCGCUAGUACCCCUCCCGCUGUCAUACAUCUCAAGUCUGUCUAUCGGUACCCUCAAGGCCAUCUUGUACGAUAACCACGUCAAGGUGGAUUUUGCGCAAGUGCUGGAAAAGGGGGAAUUGAUCGCUAGAGUUCAGGAGUUGAUCAAGAUGGAGAGAAAACGUUUGGAGAGGCUCGCCAAGGAGGAAGAAGCGGAAGCGGCCGCGCAGGCAGCAUUGGAAAGGGGUACAGAUCCGGAAGACUUGGAGCGUGAUGUCUCGCCAGAAGAUGAUCACACUGUCGGCAGCCUACCCCGAGCGUCAGUCGACAUGAAGCGGACCCCGCCUGAAGGUCCGCCCCCGGCCGUGGAGAGGGACGGACUAUGCGUUGUCUGUCAAGACCAGGAUGCCGAGUUGGCCGUAGUGGACUGUGGGCACUUGAGCAUGUGUCAGGAUUGUUCCAAGUUGGUCAUGAGUACUUCGAAAGAAUGUCCUUUGUGCCGAACGAGGAUCAUCACGGCAGCGCGUCUGAUCCGAAUUUUCCGGACGUGAAUGGCCUCGCCGUUCACGUUAUAUGUCACUGCAUUGUCGAUUCGUAGUUGUAUAGACCUAUACCUUCUUGCCCCUUAUGCCAUCAUUUAUUUUACCUA